GAGAAAGCGAAAAAAAAUAUUCCAGCUCAUCAAUAUUUAAACGCAUCGAUUCAUUGACCGAUCAUACCACACGCACGAGAAUUCAAAAUUACUCCUGAAUUUACCGAUGUUCUUUAAGUUACAACCAUCUGGGCUACGGAACAAGAUAUUUGGUUUGUAGAAUUUGGGUUAAAUUACAACCAUUUGGGCUGUGAAGGCCAAUCCAGGAUUGUAAAGGAAAGCCACCGUCCAGUCCGAGUAAUCCCAAGCUCGCCUAGGCGCCUACCACCGAAUCCUUUCUCCUCCGGCGCCGACCGCCGUUAAACUCCUUCAAUCCAGCAGUCUCUCUACGCCAUGGCGACGGAGAACUUUAUCUCAGAUCUGUACCGGCCGCUAAGGGAAUACCGUCACCGUUCCGCAAAGCGACGACGAGUCAGUCCACCACGUGCGAACUUUCCCCCCACGACGAUCAGCAAGCUCGGAGAGGAUCUCCUUGUAGAAAUUCUGAUUCGGCUCCCCAACCCUAGAUUCGCCUGCCGGUGCAAACUCGUCUGCAAGCGGUGGACCUCCCUGAUCUCCAGCCCUCGCUUCAACCGCCGCUUCGUUUCUCACCGCCAGACCACGAACCUGAUCCACCCACCUAUGCCGGACAAUCCGUACGAGCUUCAAUCGACCAUCCUCAGCUUUCUCCCUCCAAUGCCUCCCGGCGUUCGAGACAUUCUCAGAGUUAUGGAUUGCAACCAAGACCUGGUUCUGUGCGGGUUUUGGGAUCCAAAUUCCGACAAUGGGGAACUUUCCAGGUCGUACUUGGUCUGCAAUCCGUUUACCAAGCAGUGGAUGGCUCUUCCUUUAGCGCCCAGGAAGUCUGCGGCUUAUGACUCGCAGGUUGCAAGGUUAGUUUGUGAACCCCGUAUUUCUGUCGAGCUUGAUCUAGGAGAUGACCAAGCAUUUGUUUAUUCCGAGCAUCGCUUUCGGGUGGUGUGUACAUAUCAAACCACUCCACCAAAUGUGGCCAUUAAGCUAGACGUGUUUUGUUCCGAGUCUGGAGAAUGGACAAAGGAGGCUUUUGAAUGGGAUCGUUGUAGUGGAAUGACAACGAAAGAUGUAAUUUCUUGCAAUGGGGAGUUGUUUUUGUUCUACAAUCGAAAUGGUCCCGACGGCAUGCACGCUCUGGUGGAUGGAUUUAAUCCUUUUCGCCUUGAUGUGCCUCCCACUCCAAUAGAUAUUUCUGCCUUCCUUGUGUAUACUCGGUUGUUUAUUUCCAGCUCAAAAGGCGCGCUGCACGUAGUUGCAAAGGGACAUGAAGCCAUGCCUGUUCGUUUGAGCGUCUGGAGGCUGGCAGAAGACCGUAAAUCUUGGAGGAAACAAUGCGAGGGGUUGGUGAACAAGACAUCAAUGUGUUGUAACUAUGAAGCUAGGGGCUGUUAUUCAUCGUUUCUGCAUCCACACAAGCCGGAACUGGUUUUCUUCAUUCCUGAGUAUGCUCGUGCCGAGAAUGCUUUAUUGUGCUGUGAUUUGGGGAGGGAAGAGGUACAGUUUUUCACUAAACUAGAAUCGGAGCAUGAUGACAUUCGUCUUCAGGUGUUCCAGCCUAGGGUAUCUUGCUGGGCUACUCCAAUUCCAAGGCACAAGGGGUUGCAAGGAAGUUAUGAUGAAAAUAGCUUAUGGGUUGAGAGCAGCGGGGAGGCCAGAACUCCCUUGUUCUACUCCCUCAAUAAUUGCAUUGAUCAGGUAUUGAAAUCGUCAGUGUACAAGGAUUAUAUAGAACGUGCAUUGGCGGAGGCAACUCUGAACCUAGUGGCUGAAAUCGUUCUGGGAAAGAGGAGCAGAAUCGGCGAGUUUGCUUCUCGACGAUGGUGGCUGCCUCGUUCUCCAGAUUUUGACCAUGAAUUGGAUAUGCUGGAAGCUGGUUUAAAAUCUCUUGGAGCUGGUAUGGCCGUUAUCCGCAAGCAGAGAGCGGAACUGAAACAGGCACUUCUGCGUGAAACGUCAGAGCUUCCCCAUCCUCCUUCAGGCCCUAUCGAAAGUGUCUUCUGGAGGGCGCUACCUUACAGGGGACUAAAGCAUAUGUUAAGGGCGUGGUGGCGCAGUUGGUUGACAACUGCUUCUAGUAGCUAAAGAGCGAUCCCGAGAGCGCUACCUUCAAUACAGACUAGCUUCUUACUGAUAAAAUUUCAAAAACAAAGCUGACAAAUUAGGAUCAAGAAUUGAGAACCAACUAACUAACUAACAAACAAGAAAUUGAGUGAUUCUAGGGUAAAUUAACAAAUGUAUCGCUCCACUAAAUAUUUGCACAAAUAUACCCUUCUAAUAUUAAAACGUAAACUACAACGUUUACUCUCUCUUACUUUACCUUCUCAUCUUUACUCUCCCCCUUCUCUCUAAAAACUCUUAGCUUCCUCUGCCUUCCAUGGCUGCCGUCGGCUCCUUUUGGUGACCGGCGGCAGCCCAUGCCCUUUCUUUUCCUUGCUUUUUUCUUGUUUUCAUGUCGUCGUUUCUUGUGGCCUUGCUAUAGGCUUUUUCAUAUUCGGAUUUCAAUCUCUCCAGCCGUUAUGGCGUUUCAGAUCUAGGAUUUUCCUGUUCAAGGCUUGCUCGUUUGGGGGACCUGGUGUUAGCAGCUUGGAGUCUCGAUCUGACCCUUGCGUUGGUUGGUCUUCCAGGUUGGUGGUCUCAUCUCUUUUGAUGAAGCCAUUCUCAUCUUUCCUUCUCCGACCUCCCCAGGAUGUGGGUGUUGCUUGGUUGGUCGUCGGUUUGUGGAAGUGAGUCUUCUCCGGUUGUGGCGAUGGAAAUCGGUUCAGCGGUGGCCUUUGAACCUCUUCAGAACCCGAUCUCUCUUCCUGGCCCCUCUGCCUUCUCAGCUUGGAGCAUUCUGGUUCAUAUCCUUCUCCACCGCCAUGUAAUCUUCAAUCCGAGAUUCACUGUGAUGGAUGUCUUCGAGCAAUCCCCAGGAGGCGGCACAUGGCUUUGCUUUGCUCAACAGUCAUGGAUUUCGAUAUGAUCAGACAAGCUGACCCUAAUCUUGUUGUGUUUUGAUUGAUUGGUUGCAAGAGGGAUUUGUGGUUCCUGUUUUGGUCCGUGUGUUUGGAUCUUUUGUGUGAUUGGUUUUCAUUCUGUGCAUUGGGUCGCCCUUGUUGCAUCCUUUGAGCACAGUUUGUUAAUCGGUGGUUCUGGGUUUCUCUCCUCUCACUGGAUCCAUUUCGUUGGUUCCUCGUGUCCUUCUUGUAAUUGAUUCAGUUGAAAUGCAAUAAAGAUUCCUCCUUGUCAAAAAAAAAAUAUAUAUUAAAACGUAAGUUUCUGUACUGUCCAAUUAUAUGUUAAGUGGCAGAUAAAGAGGUUGUAAAAUGAUCUAAUUAUUUCUCAUUUUCUUCCCUUGAUCACUAGGGAUCACUAGGGAUGGCAACAAAACCCGAACCCACGGGUACCCACCCAACCCAACCUGGUUAACGCGGGUAAAACCCGUGUUGACGGGUUUUGGGCUUGGUUUGGGUUUAAACCCGCUACACUAUCAUCGGGUUGGGUUGGGUUUGGAUUUAGGUAAAUCCGCACCAUGGGUACUUGGCCACACACAUAUUAUUACUUUCUCGGUAUAUUUAAUAUUCUAAAUAAUAUAUCUUCCUUAAACAACUAAUAUUCUUUAUGUUUGUGGAGACAUGUAUACUUUGUUCUUUCUAAUUGUUUAGAAUGAAGUUGAUAUUAUGAAGUGGAGAGUGAAGAAACUUAGUUGACGAGGAAGAAACUUUCAAUUAAUCUUAUUGUAUAUAGAUGUUUAUCUUUAAUUUUGAACAAUUUGUAUUGAUCAUUUGCGGUUUGCUUGUAUGCUCUAGAUUGGUGUUUUUUGUAUGAAUAAUUUGUAUGAGAAAAUUGAUGUAACUUUUAUUUUGAAAGAAACUUGUUAUUGUAAAUUUUUUACCACAAAAACCCACGGGUACCCAUGAACCCGUGGAUACCCAGCGGGUUGGGUUUGAGUUUUUCAAACCCAGCGGGUUUUACCCCGGGUUUUUGUGGCGGAUAAACCCAUAGGUUUGGGUUUGACAAAACCCGCCCCAACCCGCCCCAUUGCCAUCCCUAGUCACUGAGAUUACAAAAAACGUUCAUGUUUGGUCACUGAAAAUAAUUAAAUCCAAUCUUGGUCACUCAAAUAAGUUAAACGGUUCAAAUUUGGUCACUCUCCGUUACCUUCCGUUAGUUUUUGUUAAGCUAGACGUGUUUUGUUCAGAGUCUGGAGAAUGGACAAAGGAGGCUUUUGAAUGGGAUCGUUGUAGUGGAAUGGCAACGAAAGGUGUAAUUUCUUGCAAUGGGGAGUUGUUUUUGUUCUACAAUCGAAAUGGUCCCGACGGCAUGCACACUCUGGUGGAUGGAUUUAAUCCUUUUCGCCUUGAUGUGCCUCCCACUCCAAUAGAUAUUUCUGCCUUCCUUGUGUAUCCUCGGUGGUCUAUUUCCAGCUCACAAGGCGUUGCACGUAGUUGCAAAGGAACAUGAAGCCAUGCCUGCUCGUUUGAGCGUCUGGAGGCUGGCAGAAGACCGUAAAUCUUGGAAGAAACAAUGCGAGGGGUUGGUGUCAGUGGCGGAUACAUGUAGCUUUAGGGAUGUCCCGUGACACCCCUAAAAUUUGGUUGAACGAUUAUUCAACUCUCAGUAGUAGUUUCGUAUGGUUUAAAAAAAUAUAAUUGGUAAUUCGGGACACCUCUAAAAUUUGAAAAAACGAUUAUCAUACCUUUAGUAGAAGUUUGUAUAUUAAAAAAAUAUAUGCGAUAGUAUGUGUUAUUCAAACCUAUGACACUUAUUAUUAAACAUAUUCUCAAUGA